AUUGAUUUUGAGAAACCAAUCAGGCAUUUAGUAAUUUACUCUUUUGUUUUAUUAAUGUUCCUAUUUAAAAAAAUGAAAAUAUUAUCGGUACAAUUCUGGCCCCAAAUAAAUUACUCUAACUUGUUCUGUGUUCAACGUGAAUACUAAAAAGAUGGUGGGCCUAGGGUUGAUUAUGAUGAUGAUAAUGAAAUUCUUCCGUGUUGGUGUUGCCCCUUUCAUCUUGUUGUUAUUGUUCUUGCUUUGUUCCAUAGAUUCUUCUUCUGUAUUGCAAGUGCAAGGACGUGUACUCUCCAUCUCAACAAAACCUGACCCCAACGAUGCUGCUGCCACUGCUCGUUGGUUACUCUCUUUCAAUUUCUGGGGUGUCUUAAAUACUAUCUCAACUGAUUUGGGUGGAGCACCCUUUGGGAAUGUGGUAUCAUAUAGUGAUGGACUACCGAACCAAGGCAGUGGCAUUCCAUACUUCUACUUAACUACUCUUGACCCAACUGCAAGAAAUGCUUUAAAAGACGAAAGAGCUUCGUUCACAGUCAGUGAGUACCCUCUUGGGACUUGUGGCAAUGUAGACCCAGAAAAUCCUACUUGCUCCAAAAUUUCUCUUACAGGAAAGCUGAAAUUGGUUGAUGAAAAGUCCAAGGAAUUCGAAUUUGCCAGAAAUGCCUUGUUUUCCAAGCAUUUAGAGAUGAUGGAUUGGCCGGUGGGACACAACUUUCAAGUUUUCAAAUUGGAAAUUGAAAAUAUAUUUUUAAUUGAUUGGUUUGGUGGUCCAAAACAGCUCACAGUGGAACAGUACUUAGAUUUUAAAAUGAACAAAAAUGGAUUCAUUCUCUGAAUGCUCUUCUAAUUGCCAUCCUAUUGUGAGCUGUAAAUGCACAAAUGGUGAUUUUUGUUGUUAUAAAUAAUAUGUAUAUAUACAGUGUUUCAAAUUGUGUAUUUGUAUUCCUUCCUCAUGUGAAAAGCUUUUCUAGGCAAAGGAAACAACAUUUGUUGUAACUAUCUAGAAAUGAAUUGUUAUAUGUAACAACACAAACUGAUCUUGGGUGGCUAAUCUAUCUAUUCUAAAAAUUGUUUUUUCUCAAAA